UUUGCUCGCCCUCGUGCUUGUGGAACAGCGGGAGCGCGCUUCGCUGAACUGAUCCAGGGUCUGUAACGUCACGGAGCUCCAGCCCCUCCAGUUGUGUUCCGACGGGCAGCCUCGCGCAGUCUUUUCCCUUCAACCGCUCCAGAAGCUCAUUCUUCAACCAAAUCGACUUGAAUCAGCGAGUGUUUUUUUUUUUUUUUUUUUUUGGAAAAUGCGGAAACGACCGUUUUAAAAAAUCCUUUAGUGGGAAUUAUGCGUGUUUUAAACCGGACUAACGAUGUUGGAAUUAAAUCAAAACGGGCCUCUACUUUUUCCCCUGGAGUGACGUUAACUGCGCGUAAACUUUUCAGUCGGAGCGACUGCUCCACGCUCGGUUUCAUAAUGUCAACGGCCCUGAGUCGGUUAUGAGUGAUUGUUAUUGUAAUUUUUUUAACCGUUUUGAGCAUUUCCUGUCCCUGCACUGCUUUUUAUGGACUCUUUUCUCGGUGGAAACCAGCUCAAGGAGGACUUCUUCCACACCUCAGGAAUUCGACGUCAGUGAACGCCGCAGCAGCUAACGUCCAAACAUGCCGCAGCUAAACGGGGCAGACGGAGACGACUUGGGAGCAAGCGAUGAACUCAUUGCGUUUAAAGACGAAGGGGAACAAGAGGAAAAGAGGAAUGUGUCCUCUGAACGGGACCUAGACGACGUAAAGUCCUCUCUGGUCAACGAGUCAGAGUCCAGCUCAGACUCUGAGGCAGACAGACGCCCCAGGACCAAUCCAGAUGCGGAGAGCAGGGCCAGGCAGAAUUAUCUGUUUCAGGAAGCCCUGCGGAGGCAGCAGGACGCCGGCCUCUUCCAGCACUCCCCCUACGUUGGAUAUCCCUUCUUCAUGAUCCCGGACCUGGGGAACCUCUGCAGUCCCUACCUCGCCAACGGAGCUCUCCCGCCAAGUGCCAGGACGUACCUGCCGUUUCAGUGGCCUCUGCUCGACGUCCCGGGACGAGCAUCGAUCAGAGACUCUGCUACUCCGACACACCUGUCUAACAAUGUGCCGGUGGUGCAGCACCCUCACAUGACCCACCUCCACCCGCUGCUGUCCUACAGCCCGGAGGCCUUCUCCCCUCAGAGGGCCUCGCCGGGCUUCUCUCCGGACGCAGGAAUGUCGAGGACGCCCUGCUACCCGGUCUCUCCCGGAGGCAUGGCUCAGAUCCCGCACCCCCUCGGAUGGCUGCAGGGACAGGCGAUGUAUCCCCUCGCAGGAGGCUUCUCGCCUGCAGCUCUGGCGAUGAACGCUUCCAUGUCGGGCCUGAUGUCGGGGAACUUCUCUCCACGCUUGGUGCCGACCUCCCAGUCGUCCAUCCCGCACCCGGCCAUCGUCCCGCGGGAGGUGAAACAGGAGCCUGCAGGCAGCAGCCAGCCGGGAAGGUCUGACGUGCAGCAGGAGAAGGAAGACGAGAGGAAGCCGCACAUCAAGAAGCCGCUGAACGCGUUCAUGUUGUACAUGAGGGAGGAGAGGCCCAAAGUAGUCGCUCAGUGCAAAGUUAAAGAGAGCGCCACCAUCAACCAGAUCCUGGGACAGAGGUGGCACUCUCUGUCCAAAGAGGAACAAGCCAAAUACUACGAACUGGCUCGUAAAGAGAGACUCCUGCACUCCAAGCUGUACCCGGGCUGGUCCGCCAGAGACAACUACGGUAAGAAGAAGAAGAGGAAGAGGGCGAAGAGUGAAACUCAGUUCGAAGAUCCCGAGCAGGACUUCCCGCUGCAGCUGAAGAGACCUCGCGUCCCGCCCGACGAGACGCCUCACGCACACGCGCCGCCCCUGCAGCAGACCGCGCACGCACACACACACGCACACACACACUCGCACACACACUCGCACACACAGCCCCGCUCGCACCUGUCCCAGCCGCACCCCGUGUCCCACCUGACGCACACCCACCUGUCCCAGGCCAGCCCGGCCUCCUCGCUGGACUCCCCGGCGACGCCGACGACUGCGCUGGCUUCGCCCGGCGCCCCGGCGCCGACGCACACCGAGCAGCACGCGCACGCCGCGGCGUACGGCGGCCACACCUCGCCGUACGCCGAGCAGCUGCAGCCGCUGUCCCUCACCACCAAACCGCACCGGACGCCGCUCGUUCUGAGCCGCGGCCCGGCCACCGCGUCCGGACCCCCCACGCCUGCCUCGUCCUGCGGCACCCCCCCUCUCCGGUGUUCACCCCCGCCCCCCCCCACUCCUACCUCCGCUCACCAGUCGGCCGCGAGCGCACACUCGCACUCGCACUCACACGGUGCCUUCACUCAGUCGCAGGCGUUCGCACGCAGAAGAACCAAUCAGCUGUGAGGAUUCUGCUUUCCACUCUGAAUCAUCACAUCCAAUUUAAAAAAAAAAAAAAAAAAAAAAAAAAAAAAUGACACCACAAACAGUUGGAUGUGAUUUGUACCUCCUUUUUUUUUUUAAUGCUGUAAAUAGGCUUUCUUUUUUAAAAAAAAAAAAAAAAACUUUUUUUAUUCUAGAUGUAUCACAUUUUUAUAUUAGUAUGAAAAGGACAAAUAAUUGGUCAAUAUUUGACCGCAUCUAUAACUUCAUGAAAUGUGUAUUUUUUUUUUUUGUCACUUUUUUUCUAAUUCCUUUCUAUGAAUGAUCAACUUGUUGUAAUUUGAAAGCGAGGUGUGGCACGAGGGUUUGUUUGUUCCAAAUGUGUUAUUUUUUUCGCCCCCACCUGGUAGUUGUUGAGUGUAAAUCUGUUUCCUGGUUCCUCCUCUGUGUUAAUAAAUCUUCACUGAAUUCUGA